CUGUGAGCAGGAGUGGAGCCCCAGUCUGGGGCAGGAGGACCCAGAGCCCACACAGAUUAAAGAGGAACAGGAGGAACUCGGGAUCAGUCAGGAGGAAGAGCAUCUUCAAGGGUUAGAGGCUGAUAGGACAGAGUUCAAAUCCCCUCCUCCCUGUGUGAAAAAUGAAAGCGAUCAGGAGGACCCACUUCAGUCCAUGACUGAACAGACUAUGGAGAACAGAGAGAGUGACUCCAAACCAGUGGAUCUCAAACCUUUUGGGACUGUGACCCACUUAAAGAGUCUCGACAUUCCUCGUGACCCUCCAGAUAUUCAAAACAAUGCCUCCAGCCACAGCUCAGCUAUAAGCAGUGAUCCAGUAGGACUUAACAGAAGCCCACCAUUGGAUCUAACUGUGCACAAACUGGCUCACACUGGAGAGAAACCGUUUAGCUGUGGUGACUGUGGGAAAAGCUUCAGUCAGAAGGAACACCUAGGGAACCAUAUACGCAUUCACACAGGAGAGAAACCAUUUAGCUGUGGUGACUGCGGGAAAAGCUUCAGUGUUAAGGGGAACCUAACUGUGCACAAACUGGCUCACACUGGAGAGAAACCAUUUAGUUGUGGUGACUGCGGGAAAAGCUUCUAUCAGAGCCAGGAACUAACUGCGCAUAUACGGACUCACUCUGGGGAGAAAUCGUUUAGCUGUGGUGACUGUGGGAAAAGGUUUUAUCACAAGAUUACUCUAAACAGACAUAUACUGACUCACACAGGAGAGAAACCAUUUAUCUGUGGUGACUGUGGGAAAAGGUUUUAUCACAAGAUUACUCUAAACAGACAUAUACAGACUCACACAGGAGAGAAAUCAUUUAUCUGUGGUGACUGCGGGAAAGGCUUCAGUCAGAAGGAACACCUAGGGAACCAUAUACUGACUCACACAGGAGAGAAACCAUUUAGCUGUGGUGACUGUGGGAAAAGAUUCAGGCAGAAGGGGACCUUAAAUACGCAUAAACUGACUCACACAGGAGUGAAACCAUUUAGCUGUGGAGACUGUGGGAAGAGCUUCAUUCUGAAGGGGUCCCUAAAGAUGCAUAUACAGACUCACACAGGUGUGAAAUCAUUUAUCUGUGGAGACUGUGGGAAAGGGUUCUAUCUGAAGGGAGACCUAGGGAAGCAUAUACUGACUCACACAGGUGAGAAACCAUUUAGCUGUGGAGACUGCGGGAAAAGAUUCAGGCAGAAGUCGGCCCUAAAGACGCAUACACUGACUCACACUGGAGAGAAGCCGUUUCACUGUGGAGACUGUGGGAAAAGAUUCAGUCAGAAUGGGGCCCUAAAGAAGCAUUUAUUGACUCACACAGGAGUGAAAUAAUUGUAGCUGUGGGGACUGUUGAAAAAGCUUCUAUCAGAAAAGACACCUAACUGAACAUGUUCAGACUCACCCAGGAGUAAAACAACAUGGCUGCUCAGUCUGUGGUAGAACAUUCGUUAAGUCUCAUCUGCUGAAGCAUGUUAAGAAUGUCCUCAAAGAAAGAAAAUGGGAGGAACAAUAUAGCUGCAAGCAGCCACGAAAGCUCCUAGCCACAAUAUUUCUUGAAUUUUAAUUAGAGCAUUCUGUUAGUGAACCUUUGAACAAUAUAUUUUGUAACUUGUUUUUGAUACAUCCGGGAUAAGGAGUGACAAUGCCGCAAAAAUAAA